CUGUUACAGAUUCCCUGUUACAAACUCCUCUCAUUGAGAGUUCUGCAAAGGUGGCAGCUGAACUGGACCACAAGGCUUCCUAGAUUGGACCUCCAGCAACAAAAUGACUGCUGACUAAAGCACGUCUGUGAGCGCUAAGAAUGACUGUGGAUAGUUAGCUUAGCAUGGCAGCAUGUGCCAUCCAUCCAUUCAGCUUAACCUCUAACAGCUCUGUUAGCUUCCUGUAAGAUAAACAAGGAGCAGUUUGGUUUUCAUGUGAUGAUAUUAAAAAAUGUUUUUUGUUUAAUCUUUUUAUACAGGUAGUCCCAAUGAGACUCAAGGUCUCAUGUACACAGUCAGAUCAAAGACAAGAACAAGUUCCCUGAGAUGAUUUCACAAAAACAUUUUUACGUCUUUUAAAGUCUACAGGGGAACUCAACUGAGAGAGUUUCUUUGCAAUGUAUUCCAUGAAGACGGAGCAGAAAAGGAGAAUGGCGUCUUCCCGACCUCUGUACGAGCUGAUGGAACAGUGAAUGUAAUGAUGUCCUGAGACCGCACUCUAUGACUAAACUGUUUGCUUCACAUGUACUCGUGAAAAAUAGGAGGGCAGGAAACCAGAAAUAGAUUUAUAGAUAAACUGAUACCAAUGAACCAUCCUGUGUAAGACCGAUGAUGACCAGUCAACCAGAGAAUAUAGAGUACAGUGGUGUGUUAAAGGUUUAGAGCCAGUUAUAAAUCUUAGUGUCCCAUGAUAGACAGACUCCAACAGAUGAAGAGAGUGAGCAGGGGCAUUCAUGUAAAUGAUGUCACUGUGAUCCAGGAGAAGUAAAAAACUUAAUAACAUGUUGUUUAAAAAAAUACUGUGGACAAAAAUGUGUUUUUUAGUCAGUUACAACCAUUUUCUACAUGUAUUGCUGUGUGUGAGAAUAUCCUGGCCCUGAAGGUGGAGCUGUAGUGUGUGACUGUAACCACUAGAGGGCAGCAGAACACAGGUCUGCAACCAAAAAACUGCAUAGGAGUUUUUUGACUGUUUCUUAUAGAUUUUUACUCACUGAAACUGGAAAAUAUAUUUAAAAAUUCAGGUUUUCUUGCAAAACACAUGUUUUUAGUGUAAUUAAGCAUACAGUUUCCCCUUAUCCAAUAAUGAUUUCUUACAUUAAUUUAAUAUUUCUAAGAGCGAGACUCAAGAGAUAUACAAAUAUAAAAUGCGAGGAAUUUGCGGGUGGGGUUGUGGGUUUGGUGAGGUGAGGAGCUCAGAUGAUCAUGUCUCAACAGAUUUAUUUUGUUCAUAGCCAAAGGUAAGGAAUCUCAGAACAAUUAUACAUAGUUAAUUGUAAUAUAAUAUUGAUUUUGUUUUUCAUCGCUGUUGUGCUUUUGUAAUGUAAAGUCCUCAUGUUUUGCAAAAACACCGUAUGUGAUGGAGAGAAAUGGAGAUCAUCUUUGGAUUCAGCACCCUAAAUGUUUUUUUGCAGACCUGUGUAAUGAUUGAUAUCAGACCAAACAGCAGGUUCACACUAGACGAGUCGUGUUUGUGGACCUACAGGAGCUCUGCUCCGCUGUUUACCUGCAGAAGCAGCUCUGUGUUCAUGUUCAUGUGUGAAUAGAAUAGAAUAAAUGUUUAUUAUCCCACGAAUGAGAAAUUUGGGUGCACACAGUUCUUAUAGUAAGAGAAAUAUAGACACAAAGAAGUCCUAUAUGUAUAAGCAAUCGAAAUUUGUAUGUACAGAUGUACACGUGUAAUGUACAGAGAUAUUGUACACAGAUGUGUGUGUUGGGGGGGCGUGUAUGAAUGAUCCUGGUGAAGUAUACAGUGUAAAUGAAUGGCAGCAAUCACCAGCUCCUUCAGAAUAACAGCUGCUGCUUCGUUUCUUGUGUCUGCUGCCUUCAGGGAGCCUGAGAGGAGCUCAGCUGUGCUGCACUCGAGGACUGUGAGGACGAGCAGGUCAUCUGUUAAUCACAGGUGAACAUAGCAAACGUGGACAAUACAACAACAAACAGAGGGAGACUGAGGACUUAAAUACACACACAGGAUAACAAGGAGAAGGGCAAUGGGGGGAACACAGGAAGAACACAUCAGACAUAACGAGACAGGGGAAGCAAAACUGAACAUGGUGCAUGUGAGAAAUAGAAGUGAUUAAACGAGGAGGCACAAGGAAACUAAACAAUACCAAAUAAAGACUAAGAAACAUAGAUCACUAGAAUAAUAAGUAAACAAGGUCGAAAAAGUGCGACAACACAAAAACACUGGGUCAAAGACCGUGGACCAUGUCAGUAAUGACAGAUUGCAGAUAUGGUUAAAGGUUUUGUAAUCCAUUGUUACUUCCAAAACAUGAUUUCAAUGUCAUUCCAGUUUCAAGAUUUUGUUCUGAUAUUUCCCUAAAAAAAAUCUACUAUUUCGUUUUGUUCUACGACUGUGAGAAAAAUUGAUUUACUCUGUUCUAUUCUUUGAUCAGACACGUCUGCUCUGAUACUCUACACUGAAUAGCACUGCUUCUGAUAUUACUAUUAAAUCUUCCUGUAGAAACUCCACCACAAUGAAAACACCUCCAGCUCAUCUUAAACUCUGAACAUAGCCUGCUCCUGAGGUCUGUGCCAUCAAGCAGGAUGUCCUCUUAUCCAGGUAACUUAAGCCUGGAUUUUCUGGGGAUGGUUCAGAAUGGUUCUUAUUCUGUGAAGCUCAGAGAUCAACAGGAAUACGAAAAUAUAACAAAGCAUGAACUCACUUUACAAUGAAAGGGAACAGGACUAUACUAAGAAGUGCCAAGGCUGCUGACAUCAUGAGCUGAGGGCUGGAGCACAGCGAGGGGGGGUUUGGCUGAACCACACCCUGUGCAGACUAGACAAGACUUCAGCACAGCUGAGAGGCAAAGCUGAGGGAGAAUCACAGGCUUGUUGAGCUUGGUAGGAAGUGAAUAUUGUGCAAAUGAAAGGCUUCCUCUCUGUUCCUGCUGCCAGCGGUCUUCAUCGUCCUCCUCCUCGCUCCUGUGUUGACCAGCUGCAUGGAGCUCAUCCAGCCGAGGGACUGCAGUGACAUCCGCCGCCAAGACAGAAGCCAAAGCAGCGGCGUGUACACCAUCUAUCCCCUUGGAGAAAGGUCUGCGGUCCAGGUGUACUGUGACAUGGACUCAGAAGGAGGAGGCUGGAUGGUGUUCCAGAGGAGGAUGGACGGCUCGGUGAACUUCUACAGACCCUGGGAUCAGUACAAGAUGGGCUUUGGUGACGCUGCUGGAGAGUACUGGCUCGGUGAGAGUUUUAUUGGAUGAUCUGCAGCUCUGUACCAAACAGCACCCUGCAGCCUGUAAGUAAUAAAUUCAGUAAUUAAAUAAUUAAUUCAGAUCAAACUGAGGUUAUUGUACUCA